CUAAGAAGCACAGACACACAUGUGCAAGGCGGAAACACAAGCUGGGACUUACAGGCAACCAGACUUAACUUCUUUCCUUCCCUGCCAAGACAGCCGGCCAGCUAGCCAACCAUCCAAAGGGGACCCAGUUCUGGAUGCAGACUAAGCAGCCUCUGGGGAAGGUGAAUUGAAGGCAUAAAGGCGAGACGGGGAGAUUCAGCACAGGAGCCACUGGGAACGUGUGUGGGAAGCAACCACAGGAUGAGUGGUUGGAGCUGAGGGUCCCCAGGCCACAAGGAGCGUGCCGCGCUGCUCCCCUCACCUGCCGCACAGCCAUGUCGUUCGCCAUGCUGCGCUCGCCCCCCAGCCGGUUCCUCUACCCCGAGAUCAGCAUGUUGUCGGAGGACGAGGAGAACGGCAGUGAGAGUUCAGGUUCGGAUGAGAAGCUGUACCACAUGGACGACGGUGGGUAUGGUCUCAAAAGCGGCCAGCGCAGGUCCGGCUCCAAGAAGAUAAACCGGAUCAACCGGGAGCCCCGCCAGCGCCACACGGCCAACGCGCGGGAAAGGGACCGUACCAACAGUGUCAACACAGCCUUCACUGCCCUGCGGACUCUCAUCCCCACUGAGCCAGCUGACCGGAAGCUCUCCAAAAUCGAGACCCUCCGCCUGGCCUCCAGCUACAUCUCCCACCUGGGCAACGUCCUCCUGGUAGGAGAGGCUUGCGGGGAUGGACAACCGUGCCAUACCACGCCAGCCUUUUUCCACCACAGCAGUAGUGUUGGCAGCAGCAGCCCACCUGCGCGGGAAAGUGAGAACUCACAGCCUAAACAGAUCUGCACUUUCUGCCUCAGCAACCAGAGGAAGAUGAGUAAAGAUCGAGACAGGAAGACGGCAAUUCGGAGUUAGACAGUUAUGGAUCUAGGAAGGCGGCAGCAGCCCCCCAGGAGGAGGAGGAGGAGGAG